UUCUUCAGUCCACCGCCGCUUGAACAAUACGCAGCCUCUCCAUACGCCGUCCACACACACACACACGCACACACACACACACACACACACACACACACACACACACACACACUAGUGCACAAGCUGCAUAAAGAUCUCCAACCGUAAUAUAGAUAGAGAGAGAGAGAGAGAGAGAGAGAGAGCGCUGUGGAGAGGUAUGGAGAGGACGGCUCUCUGACGCUCUUCCUCGGCGUCUCGGAAACCACCGGACCGGCCGCGGUCACAUGCUCAUCGUCGGCGCCGCUGAAGAGCCGCACCACAGCUCGCCACAAUGGAAGAGGGUGAGUACUUCCUGAAGGUGCUGAUCCCCAGCUAUGCAGCCGGUUCGAUUAUUGGAAAGGGAGGACAGACCAUCGUCCAGCUACAGAAAGAAACCGGGGCCACGAUCAAACUGUCCAAGUCUAAAGAUUUUUACCCGGGUACAACAGAGCGUGUGUGUUUGAUCCAGGGUACGGUGGAGGCGUUAAAUGGAGUUCAUAACUUUAUUGCUGAAAAAGUGCGCGAGAUGCCACAGAGCAGUCAGAAGAGCGAACCGGUCAGCAUCCUGCAGCCGCAGACCACGGUCAACCCUGACCGCGUCAAACAGGCGAAGCUGAUCGUGCCCAACAGCACGGCCGGGCUCAUCAUCGGUAAGGGUGGAGCCACCGUGAAGUCGGUGAUGGAGCAGUCGGGCGCCUGGGUGCAGCUGUCGCAGAAACCCGAGGGCAUCAACCUGCAGGAGCGCGUGGUGACGGUGAGCGGGGAGCCCGAGCAGAACCGCAAGGCCGUGGAGAUCAUUGUCCAGAAGAUCCAGGAGGAUCCACAGAGCAGCAGCUGCCUGAACAUCAGCUACUCCAACGUCACCGGACCCGUGGCCAACUCCAACCCCACAGGUUCACCCUACGCCAACAGCGCCGAAGUCCUGCCCAGUGCCGCGGCUGCCGCGGCCGCCACCGCUUCCACGUUACUGGGUCAGGCCGGCCUCGCCAGCUUCCCCUCGGCCAUGUCUGGCUUCUCGGGCAACGACCUGCUGGCCAUCACCUCGGCCCUGAACACACUGGCCAGUUACGGCUACAACACUAACACUCUGGGGUUGGGUCUGAACCCCGCUGCUGCCUCUGGGGUGCUGGCCGCGGUCGCCGCCAGUGCCAACCCGGCAGCCGCCGCAGCUGCUAACCUUCUCGCGUCAUACGCCAGCGAAGUGUCCGGCGGAGCGGCUCACCCGGCUGUUCAUGGCCUCGCCGGUUUCUCGUUGGGCUCGCUGGCGGCCGCGACAGGCGCCUCCAACGGAUACCUGAACCCGGCAUCUUCCCCUCUAGUGGCCUCUUCACUGCUGGGCACAGAGAAGCUCGCCGAGGGCGGCAAGGAGGUGCUGGAGAUCGCCGUGCCCGAGAACCUGGUGGGCGCCAUCCUUGGAAAAGGAGGAAAGACGUUGGUGGAGUACCAGGAGCUGACCGGGGCGCGCAUCCAGAUCUCCAAGAAGGGCGAGUUCAUCCCGGGCACGCGCAACCGCAAGGUGACCAUCACGGGGUCGCCAGCGGCCACACAGGCGGCGCAGUACCUCAUCAGCCAGCGGAUCACGUACGAGCAGGGCGUCCGCGCCACCAACCCACAGAAGGUGGGCUAGAGAGGGAACUCCAGCCAGGGGGGAGGGAGGGGAGGGCAGCGCAAGAAAAAAGGGAUACGGAGGAGGAACGGCCGGGAAAGGACAACAAAUUAGAUCCACGCUCGGGAGAUCGGAAGACGAAGGGAACGGAAAGUGGAAAGCAAAGCGGGGCGGAGCAUCACAGAACGGAAACGAAAAAAAAGUCUUCGGCUACAGAACUGGGGCGUCUGAUUGGUGACUGUUGUUGUUCUUUUUUUUUUAUUUUUUUUAUUUCUGUUUUGAGAAGUAAGAGGGCUUAGUACUGAACCCUGUGGCACUCCAGGAGGGAGGAGACUCAGACCUCACCUCCUCUCUCUCCCACAGACAGUCAGGGACCAGCUAGGUUCAAUUUCACGUUUCUGUCAUUGGCACGGCCUGUACCAGUAACCGUACCUCGUGUCGGCUCGGUAUCGGAAACGCGCCACCCUUUACGAAUAUUUUUGGCCCGGAGCGGUCCGGGAGUUUCGUCGGGUUUUCCGGGAGCGUCUCCGUUCCCUCCCGGCCGGCCUCGCUCGCCGUUAGAGACGUUCUUCCGUGGGUUCCACAGCAGGUUGUUUGGAUAUCUUAGACGUAGCCGCGUUCCGAUUUUACUCAAACCUGUGAGUUCAGGUUGACCUGAAUGUAUGAAAACAAAAUACUCUGAUGUUUUUAUUUUUUUAUACGCAUGGGGGUUCGAACCGAGUCUCCGAUCGGCAUCAGCAGCUAGACAGGCGGUCACGCGGUUCGGUUUGAGAGGACAGGAAUGUAAAACACACACACACACACACACACACACACGUAAACACGCACACCGCGGGCGCAGUUCUGUCGGCGGAUCCCUAUUUGGUGCUACAGAGAAAAAAUCGCGCCGAUUUAAAACCACAUAUCUUCAGAUUUCGGUUCCUUCUUCCUCCGAUUAUUAAUCGACGGGCAGUUCUGUGAUCGCUCGUUCACUUUCAUGCACUCGCGUAGUCGAGAACGCCAAAAAUCCACACCGCCAAAAUAUGAGGGAUAAUAAUAAGGCCUGAUGGGAGGCUGGUAAACACAUCAAACACCCUUCGCUCUGAUUUGAGGAACGCCUGUAUUGUUUUACAAACGUAUCGCUCCGAUUUAAAGGGUUUUUUGUACUCGCUGAUAUACCUCAUGUUCAGACAGAACGGGAAAAAAUAUUACAAAUAUAUAAGGGUUGCAAACUAGCUUUGUAGUUCGGCCAUUUCACAGAAUUCUGGCAACAGGGGAAACGUGUGAACCGCAAUACAGCCUUUAUUAAAAUAUUAAAAACAUAUAAAUAUUAAGCUGUUCUCGUGUUCCGUCCUUCCCUGAGAAACCGGAGGGCUGCCGCGUCUUUCCUGUAGGGUCGUCCACAUUCCGGGGUGACCGAACCUAACAGCCCCGCGUCCGUCGCCUCGUGGGACGCGCCUCCCGGAAAACAGCAUGGCUGAUAAACACAUAGCAUGCCGUACAGUGAGCGUCGUCGUCGUCGUUUCUGCUGCUAGUCGCAUUUUUUUAC